GUACAAAUAACCGAUUCCAAGUAGCAUAACCGGUAAGAAUAACCAACUUUCCCAGAAAAGCAACCUUCGGCCUGUAGAUUUGAGUUCUUAGUUCUUCACAGACGUCCUUUGUAAAACACCUACAAGCGAUGCUGGGUUGGCACAAUCCAGACACAUAUCCGAGAUUGUGCCGGUGCCAAACACCAUAAAAAAGCUAGACAACAAGAUUUUCUCAUUUGUCCAUACUCCCAACCAUAUUCCACGUCAGUUGGGGAAUAGGUCGGUAACCGUUUGGUUGACGGAUUAGACUCAUUAGAGUGAAUGCAAAACUAAUAUAUCAUCUAUAAAUUUAAUGUGCGAAGAGGAUAAAUUGAGAAAAGUAGAGACUCUAGUUCGCUACAUAUCUCCAGUGUUUAUAGGCCUUGAACAGCUUUGGUUUGGUACUUUGGUAGCAUAAUAUUUUCAUAAAGUAUGAAAUAUGAACAUUUGGUUUAUUGGUUUCAGGUGCUGGAAUUUGAUUAUUUGUGGUUGGUUAGGACAAGGCCCACGAGUGGAUUAAACUAACCAUGUAUAAGGCAAAGAUCAGAUUUUUACCUUACUUUUAGUUAGGUUUAACCCUGGAACUCCUUUAACUCUGUCUUUAGGAUUAUUAGUUCCAUAAUAUACAUUUAUGUGUCUUAACCUAUAAACUUCAUGUUAUUGCUAUAAUUAGUUUAAAAUAGAUGGAAUUCUAUUAUGUGAGUCACGUGGCAAUUGUCUCUACUCCAUUAUCCUAUUGUCGUUAGUGCAAUAUUGGCAUAAACAUGCUCCACUUGGACACAUGGGGGUGAAAAAGUCCUACCCAAAGCACACAUGGGUCUCAUCUUGAGCAGGAUGUUUCCCUCCUCCAUAAGUUCUAGUCAACCAUAUAUAUUUAUACUAGCAUAAUGUUGACAAUGAUAGGAUAACGGAGUAAGGUGAUGACUUGUGUGAUGGGAUUUCUUGAAUUUUAGGCCAAUUACAGUAAUAACAUAAAGUUUAUGGACUAAACUAUACAAAGUGUGUGUUGAGGGAUUAACAAUCUCAAAGAUAAGAGUUAGAGGGGUUUCCAAGGUGGUUGUGCCUUUUAGUAAUCAUUGAAAUGAACCCAAUACUUUAUUUUUUUAAUAAAUCCCUCAUAUUUAAAGUUGAAUAAAAUUAUUUUUCCUAUAUUUCAAGUGAAAUAAAUUAAUCAAAAUUUAAUGGAUGAUGUAAUCAUAAUUUAUCAUUUUGACUGUCCCUUUCAAUACUUGUUAAGCUCUUGUUAAUUAGGCAAUCUUGGGCAUAUUUUUCUAAUGGCAUGUCAAUUUUUUUUCUUGGUAUCAAGCUAGCUACUAAGAUGGCUACCAAAAAAGAGUAAACAAUCUCAUCUCACUACUUGUAAAGAAAAUGAUCUAUCAUAG